GUAUUCACAAAUCCCGAGCACAAAGAGAACUUUUGUCAGUUGUUCACGCAGAUCGAGGAGAACAUUCAUUUCGAUUUCUUGAAAAGCUUCCGACGCGUUCGAGUUAUUUUUAGGCAAGUCUGUUGUUACAUAUCUCAAAUUGUUUGUAGUCGUUCCAUUCAUCACUUUUUUAGCACUCCCGAAAGUGCGACAGCUGCGAAACUUAUCGUACAAGGCUUCUCUUUCCAUGGACAUGAAAUGAAGGCAUUUCUUGCGCAGCGAGUCAUUCUUCGACGAUCCUCACAGUUACUGUCACCGCCCCCUCUUGAAAAACAAUUUCUUAUCUCACCAUAG